AUGCCUGAAGCAGACGGGCAGCAGCAUACUCAACACAAGGAAUCCCUAGUCGAGAGGAUGUUCGAGCAUCAUCACAACCACAAACAGGAAGAUAAUUCCCACAGUGAAAAGAGGGACGGAGUGUCUAAGGACGCGGGUAAACCAAAAUCCUAUGAAGAUUACCUGAAGAAGGAUGAUGAAGCCCUGAAAAGGUAUUAUGAAGAGCACAAGGGGUUGGAAACUGAGGGUCAGAGCUAUGGAGGACUGAAGUGA